AUGCAACUGACUCGUGUUUUUUUCUUCCUUUUUGUGAUGCAUUUAGGAGCUGAAGUUAAGGCCGGGAAGCCUCUUACAUUGAAGCCUGAUCAAGACUGUCUCAUCCACGUUUCUCAGGCAUCACUUGAUGAAGGAAAAAGGGGAGAAUCUGCGCUCUUAUAUGUGACGGUUGAUGGGAAGAAACUUGUCAUUGGAACUCUUUCACAAGGAAACAUCCCUCAGAUUAGCUUUGAUCUCGUCUUCGAGAAAGAGUUUGAGCUUUCCCACAGCUUGGAGAGAGGAAGUGUACAAUUUCGUUGGCUACAAAUCCCCCAACAUCGACCAAUAUCCUUUUAUUUGUCUGCUUAUUUUUCUGUUUGGGUCUUUGUUCUGUAUUAA